GACAAAUUUCCUGCUGCUCGGCGACGGGCGGCGGCGCAGGCGGCGCCCGGACCCCGCGGCCUCCGCGCGUCCCCACGAGCCUCCCGCGCGCCCGGCGGGGACGGCGGGGCGCCCCGGAGGGCGGCGGGCGGGCACCCGGGAGAUGCGGAGCCGCCGCGGCGGCGGCGGCGGCGGGAUCGGCGCGACCGGACCGGCCCCCCCGAGACUAUAGUCUUCGUUUUCCUUUGUGUCCCUGGGGAAUGUGGGAAGAAGUUGAAGUGACCCCAUCAUGGAACCGCGUGUCCCUGACUGAGGAUGAACAGGUCAUCAAGGGAACGGUUUGCUGAAAUUCCUACACCGGAUUCUGGGAGAGACCGAGAACCGUAUCAGUGGCACCUCAGCAGACCUGGCAGUGCUCUGCAAGAUUCUUAAACCCUUCCACAGGGAAGGGUCUUCUUCAAGGGCGUGGUUGAGAGAGAGUUCAGUAUAAUCUCGAGGCAUAAAAAGUCAAAUUCAGAGACGGGUCUGAGGCUCUAGGUCCGUCUGGUCAGUGGUAGAACAGGCGGAUGUAUAAAAACCCUGUUUUCUACUUUUCCCCGUGAUUUGGGACAUGAAACUCAGGCUUGACCCUCACAGAGGGACAGAGAACCGUCCCUUUGGCUCCCUCGCUGACUGCGCCGUGUGGGGGCAUGGGGGCUCCUGGAGGGCGUGAAUGUUCUGAUUCGGGUCCCUGCGGUGGCCUGGCACCUGCACUCCUCCCUGUGUGGCUGGUGCCUGGGUGAAUGAGCGUGGAUAUGGGGGGAGACCAGGCCGUUCGCAGAAAGAAAACCUCGCACUGCCCUCUCCAUGGCAUCCGGGCGGCACUUAGCGAGACCACGGCCAGCUUUGGAAGGUGCUAGGCUGCUUGUUCAAAAAGCAGGAAGAAAGCUUUUUCCUCUCCUCCGUGGUCUCCCUCGGCCCGGCCAUAGCAUUUUAUACUCCCCAUUGGAUGCCGUGCUCCCUGGGGUUCAGGAAUAUUCUCGGGCAGUGCAGACCCUCCGAGAUGCCCGGGACCGGCCCUUCAACUUGGCAGGUGGAGCAAGAGUAUCAGGCCGGGAAAUGGGCCUUCCAGAACCAUCCCGGAAGGUGCCAGAAGGUGUGAGUCCCAAGCCCCUGGCAGAAUGCAGAGCUGUCCCAUCAGACUGUACCUGCCAGACACGAAUUUAGAGAUAAAACUCUUACCCAUUUCAAGACAGUGGCUGCAGUGAAGCCCGAGAUCUAAGCCCCCUCUGAGCCUCUGGCCUCGGACCUUGAAGCCGGCUCUGGUGUGAGAACUGCCCAGGGCGCUUUGCAAUCAGGGUUUUUCUCACCCUGGGCACACGACCUAUUUCCAGAUCUUUAAUUCUUCCUCCUUCCAUCAUUAGUUUCGGGAAAUGUCCCCCCCCACACACACACCCAGUGCUGCCAGCCUCCCCGUCCUCUGACUCCCAAUCCCAGGUGACGUUUUGCCAACUUGUUUCAAUUUCUUUAGAUUGUCAUGGGAAACGCUCACUGCUCUUCAGAGCGGUCAUCUUUCUCCACUCUGUCCCCUUCUAGCAUGUUGGCCUCGUGUGGACAGGGCUCCUGUCCCUCGUCCCCGCACACAGGUGCUGCCACAGGAGAGAGAUUUAACACUCCUCACCUGGCUUUUUGCCCCCUUUUUUGGAGCAAGAAGGAUAUAAACAAACAAAUGAAGGGGACUAACACCCGCAAGAGUCUCAGUAAAACCUCCUGUGACUUCCUCUGUCCAACAGCAGUGGUUUCUUUCUCAGGUGAGGCCGAGUGGGUUUUGUUUUAUUUUGCGGGCACCAUACAGCAGAUGCCAGGCGGGCACGGAGGCAUUUCUGGCUCACUGUCUGCCUGAAUGGGGCAGGGAGAGAAUGGUUCUGGGUCUGCACCGGUCCCCAAACUGGGCCAGAACCACACAUUCCAGCUCAGUUUAGGAUUUUAAUGGCAGUUCUCGUCCCAGCCCCUUCAUUCAUUUCAGACGGAUUCCUGAGCUCCAAGGAGUGUGUUUUCCCAGCAAAGCCACCUGCUAGCCUUGAAAUUCCAUGUCUUGAAAGGGAGACGUUUUAGAUCCAGCCAAGAUGCAGUCUAAGAGGAGGACCUGUGAUUCACUGUAGGUCUGAUCCAGAAGAAUGGCCGAGGUUCAAGUGCAGCAUGUCACUGUGUAAAGGCGCCGUGGGCCUUGCACACAGGGCAGAACUGAACAGAGGUGGGGGACAGCCGGACUCAGUCCUUCGGGCGGCUCCGGGACCCAGGGGGCGAGGUGGCCGGGCUGGGCACCUGGAGUCGGGAAGUUCUUGGUAGCUGGGACCGUCCCCUCCCUUCCUGCCGAAGCUGUGGCUGCCUUAGCCUCCCAGUCCCGGGGGAACGGGUGACUUGGGUGACCAAAGAAAACACAAGGAAAUUACAUGCAAAAGACCUGAACGUGCGAGUGCAUCACGCUGGCCCGACCGCCCCUGUGGUGUGGUGUCGGAUGGGACUGAGAAUUAACACUGUGUUUUGUGUCAUUGCUCCGUCCGGUCAGAACCCCCUGAAUGGCAAGCAGGUAAGCUUUUAGCCUUUUUGCAGCCUGUUGUCACCGAAGGAGUUACAUUCAGAAGGCAAGUCUCACCACUUCGCAGUUAUUUUUAAAACCGGGAGUUCCCGUGGUGGCUCAGUGGUAAUGAACCCGAGGAUGCGGGUUUGAUCCCUGGCGUCGCUCAGUGGGUUAAGGAUCCGGUGUCGCCACGAGCUGGUGUAGGUGGCAGUCGCAGCUCGGAUCUGGCGUUGCUGUGGCUGUGGUGCAGGCUGGCACCUGCAGCUCCAAUUUGACCCUUAUCCCGGGAGCCUCCAUAUGCUGCAGGUGCGGCUUUAAAGGGACAGAAACAAAGUAAGUCAAUAAAUAAGACAGUGAGAACACGUCACCCCCACCACUCACAGCGCCCAGGAGCCCCGUGGCUUGGGUGUCUGACUUGGCUCUGUCCCGUCUGAAAAGCUCCUGCUGCAGAGGCCUCCUCCUGGAUGCCUGGGCAUCAGCCAAGUUGAGGAGAAGGCAAAGCACACCUUCUCUCCAGGGAAAUGGUUGGGGCAGAACCCAGAAAACAGAAACAAGAAGCCACCUGGCGCUCAAGGGCCGGGGGUGGUUUAUCUCCUGUGGUGACUUGGAGCCUCUCCUAAUCCCUUUAUCCUCAGAAUUCAGAAUACUUUCAACCAGGACACACACCUGGGGCUCUUCUUUCUGAGAUGAAAGGGCUCAGAUCUGUGUGCCGGGAUUGGAGGGGGUGGCUCCCGGGGACAAAGAAGCAGAGUUCUCUGGACAGGGGCCUUGGCUCUGCUCUGGGGGGAUGUGGCACCCAUUUGGGAGGGGCUGAGGGCGUAUUCGUUCUUCCUGGAGUACAAACCCAAGGGUGGAGACAAGUCCUCGUCUUAGAUUGCAUCUUCAAUUGCCUGUUUUAAAACAUGUCCCUUUUCAAGACAGGCAAUUUCCAGGCUGAUAGGUGACCUUGCUUGGCAGGCAUAUCCCUUAGGUCUUAAAAAUCCACCUGAACUGAAUGGAGCCACAUUUCUCCCUUCCGAAGCAGAGGCCAGUCCAUCGUGGCCCACCUCUGGGAGAGAGGGUGUCGAGUGGGGGGGGGGGACUUGCCAGAAUGUGGGUGUCACAGCCAGGUGACCAAGGUCAGUCACCAGCUUUGCCCUUGAGGGACUCCCUGGCAACCAGUGAGUCAUGUGCGUUUUAGGGCCUCCAUUUAAACACCUUAAAGCCCCUAAAUUCUUGGGGUCUGUGGACUCAGAAUAACACCACAGAAUUACCCAGCUGGUGCUUAGCUGAUGGCCCGGAGCCUGCAGGAGGGGUUUAGGACUGGAUGGUACCCACGGCUUCUGCAGUUUCAUAAAUGGCUUCAUGCAAUAGAUUGUCAUGAACACCUAUGCGAAAGCCCCAUCUUGCAAUGAUGUUGCAAUAUUUAAUUAAUUCUCUGGCUACCCUCACGGGACGGUCCAAGCAAGCACUGCUUGGUGUGGCGGCAAAUUUGCUGAGCAUCAGAGGAAAACUGUCGGGUCAGGAAACUCAUCUUUCGCCGCGUGCCUCAUCUGGCAUUCUGUCCAUGUUUAUGCACCGGCUGCACACAGACCACCUUGAACUAAAUGGUUUUGACCUCUGUUUCUAACACGUGUGUUAGCAGGAAGCGGGGGCCCUUCUCUGACGGUUCAGCAAGCCAUCUACCCCACCUGCUCCUGUCUUAGCUGCCAGCCUCGGUGUUAGAGUCUGGUUUCUCUGGGAAAAUGCGCGGUCAGGGCCAUCUCGUUGCCAGGAGGCGGCACCAUCCACUUUUCCUUUCAAGAUGAUGGAACGUCUCAUGCCUAGAGUGUGGACGUGGAGGACUGGAGGAUGUCUGACAGUCCAGAGGGGAGGGAGCUCCGCCAAGGACACGUGCUGUCAGAAGCUUCCGUUGCUGGGCAACGGGGGACUUUCCCUCUGUUUGGCCCAAGGCAGUUCAGUGGGCGGAAGACACUCGGGCCUGUGAUGGGCUGGAGAGGAGAAAAUUUCAAACCUGCCUUGAUAAAAGCCUGGCUUCCACAGUAGAAAAUUAACACCUAAGAGAGGAUUUGGGGUGGGGCUGGGGGUGCGGGGGAAGCUGCAUGUCACAUGCCAGGGGGGCAGAGUGUGGAGGGGACAGGGGUGUCCCCCGUCCCCAGCAUCCUGCUGACUUUAGAUAAAGUGUAUUCACAUGGCCGGGAUUCUACCCUUACCAUCUGCAGCUUGAGAAGUUGUGGGAACACAUGCACUUGAGGCUUCCCUGGUUUUUAUCGCCGUGGUGCCUUGUCCACCCACAAGCCUCCCAGCUCUCACCCUCCGCCUCAGGUGGAGACUCUGCUUCCCCGGGGGAGAGGGGGAGGCAGAGGGGCAGGGAGGUUCACACCACACGCACACACGCGCACACACACACACACACACACUCGCGGGCCCUGCGCUCCCAGGGCCGAUGGGUCCUGGCUGCCGGGAGGAGUCGCUGUCAGUGUUGCGACUCGCAUGUCUGUUGGGUGGGAGUUGUGAGAAGUGUGUCUGUUCAUCACGGCAGCCUCGUGUCCGAGGCCCCUGAAGCUUCCCUUCCCACGGGGACAGAGUUUUUUGCUGUCCCUAAAACCACAAGGUGUCUCAGCUUUGAGCCUGGCCGAUCUUCGUGUUGGGGCCAAAAAAAAGAAAUUAAAAAAAGCAGAACAGAGCAAACACCCCAACAACAGACAGAGAGAAUGGUGGGGAAAGGACCAGAGUGCAGGGCUAAGGCGCAUUGGGCUGGAGGUAAUCGCAUGAAUGGGGGCCAGAUUGAGACUUGGCGUUUUCCUUGAGCUCUGACUUUAGAAGUGACCUGCCUUUUCCCAACAGUGGCCUCUGAAGUCCAAGCCAGGUGGUUGGAUUUCUGCCCUUUGGACAAACCCCGUCUUGUCAGGAGCCCAGGCUGUGUCUAGAGAUGGUUGGCAGCAGGAACGCGGGGCUGCCUGCUGGCCCCGGGUGUCCAGCUCAACGCCGUUUGUGCAGAGGAAACGUGGUGAAGCCCGUGGGCACCAAAGGAAGCUCCCGCCCUCCUUCUCCUGGGACUCCCCACGUCCCCUUCUGCUGCCCGGCUGUCGGGGGCCGUGGGGAGGGGACACCGCUCCCACCACCCAGUUCAGGGCGAGAGCCUCAGAGAAUCAGCCUCUUCGAGUUCCAGGCAUUUGAACGCUUUGCUCUUUAGGGAUCAGGGCUUGAGCGCCGACAUCCGAUUGGUAAUAUUCAUCUUUUUUAUUUAAGCCAGACUUUGCAGGUUAGAGACCUCGGGAAUGAAGAUAUAAGAACACGGAUACGUAUUUGUGUGUGAAUGUGUGUGUCUGCCAAUUACAAAUAAAAGCAAGAUGGGCCGUGUCCAAAUAGGAGAACACAUCUGUUGCUUAAAAAGUGAAUGGGACCAAGGUUCAGUUAACAUGAGCUCCCAGCCAGAAAAAAUACUCGUGUCCCUAUUUCUAGUCCUGUUACUUCUGCUUUUUUUAAAUUAUUAUUCAAUAAGCAUUUAUUGAGUACCAGUAUAAUCAGAUUCAGGCAACGGAUUGCUUUGCAUCUUUUUUUUCCCCAUUUUUAAAAAAUUUAUUGGAGUUCCUGUCAUAGCUCAGCAGUUAAUGAACUCAACUAGUAUCUAUGAGGAUGUGGGUUCGAUCCCUGGCCUCACUCAGUGGGUUAAGGAUCCAGUGUUGCUGUGAGCUGUGGUGUAGGCUGGCACCUACACCUCUGAUUCAUCCCCUAGCCUAGGAAUCUCCAUGUGCCACAGGUACAGCUCUAAAAAGACAAAAAAUAAAAAUUAAAAAGUACAAAUUGUUUGUUUAUUGAAGUAUAGGAUGAUGUGUGAUGUGUUAGUUUCAGGUGUAGAGCAGAGUGAUUCUGUUAGACAUAUGUAACUCCCGUACACAGAUUAUAGCAGAUUUAAUCAUAAUAGCAAAGAGUUGGCAAAAGACCGCAUGCCCUUCAGCGGGUGAAUAAUUAAGCAAUCUGUGGUACAUUCAUAUAAUGGAAUACUAUUCAGCAAUAAAAAGGAAUGAAGUAUUGUUAUGUGGACGAUUUGGAAGAAUCUCCAGGGCCUUGUUCCAAGAAAAAAGCUUUCUCCUAAAGGUUAUAUGCUGAGUGAUUCUAUUCCUCUAGUAUUCUUGAAAUGAUAAAAAAAAAAUUAACCAUUUUUAAUUGAAGUAUAGUUAAUCGACAGUGUUGUGUUAGUUUUAGGUAUUCAGCAGUGUGGUUUCAGUUUUAUAGAUCUAUGGAUAAAAAGAUAGAUUUUUCUUAUAUUCUUUUCCAUGACAGGGUAUUGCAGGAUAUUGAAUGUAGUUCCCUGGGCUGUAGGGUAGGCCCUUGUUGUUUUCUGUCCUAUAUAAUAGUUGGUAUCUGUUCAUCUCAAGCUCCUCAAUUUUGCUUCUUGAAAAGCACUUCUCAAGUCGCUGGAAGUAGCGAGACAUCGCUCCUGAAAUUAACGAGGGGAGAAACGAAGGCGUCGGGGGAUGUUUCCUCCUCCUGUUUUCAGUCUCACUGUCACGCGGCGCUGGCGUGCACGGAGGCUUCCAGCUGUCCCCGUUCAUCAUCGCUGAGAAAUGACGUUCCGAGUUCCCACGAACUAAGUUUCACGCAGCCAGGUGUUUGUUUUCCGAAACCCCUGUGCCACGUGAGACAAAUGGUUUGAUUUACGUGUGUGGUGUGACUGCACUGGGAAGCAGUCGAAGCACGGCAGUGAUACUGCAGCGUCGCCAUGGCAACCGGUGGAAAUAAUGGCCCCCUUCGGGAAUAAAAGAGACCUCAAAUCCUAUUGCAGGCGAGUAGCACUGGCUGUCUGCAGGAGAGAUUGUUUCCGAUGAUUGUCUCAGAAAUUCCUUGUCAACAGAAAAUGAACACAAAGUGGCGUUUUCAGAAAAUAAAUGGAUUUGCAGACAACUGACCUGCUCAUCUAAGUCACCAAGGAAGGCAGGGUGGCGAUUUGAGAAGCCAAUGAGGAGGUUUCAAGGGGCUUCCAUGUACGCUGCUUUUCCAGGAGCUGCUGGAAGUCUGCUCGCUGGUCCUGCCACAUGGAACAUGUUGCUGCACGGCUGUUGACCUGUGCUGCCAUGUCUUAUAGCCUUUCUGCUUCUGUCUGGAUUUUUGCUGUAUUGGAGGCAGGGAUAAUUAAGGAUUCAAUGAACGCGCAUGUAACUGCCUAGCAGGGUCCUUGGCCCAUGGGAAGUACUCAGUAAACAGUACCUCAGAUAAAAUUCUCAGGAUGAGAUGAAAGUGAGUGUGGGGGCGGGAGGUGGGGGGCGGUGGGCUGGUCAUGGGAAUUAUUAGUAUUUACAACAACCACAGAAGUGAGACCUUGUAGCAAACCAUCUUCCAGACGUCACGUGCCGCUCUGGUGUGUUCAUGUCCUUCAUUCCUCCCCAAAGCCGCGUAACUGCUUGGAACUGUCUGCACGAGUUUGUGCCACCUGCGCUAAUAAGCACAUCCUCGGGGAAGGGCACUUUUCUUUAUGAAGAUGCCACAUGCUCGGGGAUGCGGCUCGACCAGUGAACAUGAAAUAAAGAAGCUCUGUCUAAAAAAAAAAAAAAAAAAAAAGAUCUUCCACGUUGACAGCAGGAAAGGAGAACUUGAUGAGGACAGGCCUGAGGGUUGGUCAGUUUUUCAGUUAACCAAGUGUAAACCCUGGAGGUGCAUUUCCCUUUUAAUUUUGGGAAGUGCUCUAGAGAGAAAAUCGCAAUCUUUUUGCCAUGAGACGUUCUCUCUUCAAAGCAGCAUCAUGCCUGAAAUAGAACUGUCUUUCAGCUGAGUGGAAAACUCUAGAUUUUACCUUUAAAGCCCAUCUGGGGACAGGCACCCGUCUUAUAUGUGCCCAAGACGUUUCCUUCCUGUUUUCUCCACCUUCGGCUGUAGUUGCAUUUCGUUUUGCCUUGAAAGAGUCUUUGGGAAAGGAUGCCAUCAGCGGUGACUUCUAUUUGAAAACUAAAUCUGAAGCGUGGGACAUGCGUGAUGGGUCUUGCCACAUCUGUGCUGGUCUCUGCGGGCUUGUCCUGGGCGCAGAGAGUGUCUUUCUCUCGCUCUGCCUUUCCAAGUGCGCUGCACGGGAGGUUUUGACGACACGGCUGCGGCAGCCAGCGACCAGGCUGCCUUGCUUCCAGCAGCCAGACUGCUUCUCUGCCACCUUUCGUACUGAUUUAAACUUAAAAAAAAGAAGUCACCACACCACUGCAAAUUAUAAAUUUAUCUCUAGGUGUUUAUUUCCAUUAAAGAUGAGCGGUCUCUCCUGAUACUUUUUCCCCUGCUGGAUUUUUGGCCCUGGUUUCUGAUGACAUGGUUUUGAGGACCGGCGGCCACUAGGCUCCGAAGGGGAAUGACAAAGGGAAGACCCACGUAAAUUAUGUAUCGCCUUUUGCAUCAGUAGCCUGCAUGGAAAUGUUCAGACUGUCAGCCAGCGAGACUGCGGUGCCGUGGCCAUGGCUUUGGACGAGGUGAUCACCUAGGGGCUGCUCGGAAAGCAAUGCUCUGGUCGCCAUGGAGCCCUUCUGUCCACUCCUGCUGGCCGGUGUUAGCGUGCCCCUGGCCAAGGCGUUUAAGGCCAACGAGACCACCACACCGCCGAGCCACCAGAACUCUACGACCGCAGGCCCCCCGGACCCCGGCGCGCCCCAGCCCCUGCUGGCCUGGCUGCUGCUGCCGCUGCUGCUCUUCCUCCUCUUUCUGCUCCUCGCCGCCUACUACUUCAGGUUCAGGAAGCAGAGGAAAGCGGUGGUCAGCGCCAACGACAAGAAGAUGCCCAACGGGAUCCUGGAGGAGCAAGAGCAGCAAAGGGUGAUGCUUCUCAGCCGGUCCCCCUCGGGGCCCAAGAAGUACUUUCCCAUCCCCGUGGGGCACCUCGAGGAGGAGAUCCGCAUCCGGUCAGCGGAUGACUGCAAGCGGUUUCGAGAAGAGUUCAACUCUUUGCCGUCUGGACACAUACAAGGAACUUUUGAACUGGCCAACAAAGAAGAAAACAGAGAAAAAAACAGAUAUCCCAACAUCCUUCCCAAUGAUCAUUCCAGGGUGAUUUUAAGCCACGUGGAUGGGAUCCCGUGUUCGGACUACAUCAAUGCCUCGUACAUCGACGGUUAUAAAGAGAAGAAUAAAUUCAUAGCAGCUCAAGGCCCUAAGCAGGAGACCGUCAAUGACUUCUGGAGAAUGGUCUGGGAGCAGAAGGCUGCCACCAUCGUCAUGCUGACAAACCUGAAAGAAAGAAAAGAGGAGAAGUGCUAUCAGUACUGGCCGGACCAGGGCUGCUGGACGUACGGAAACAUCCGGGUGAGCGUGGAGGACUGCGUGGUCCUGGUGGAUUACACCAUCCGAAAGUUCUGCAUCCAGACGCAGCUCCCCGACGGCUGCAAAGCCCCCCGCCUGGUGUGCCAGCUGCACUUCACCAGCUGGCCUGACUUUGGAGUGCCUUUCACCCCCAUCGGGAUGCUCAAAUUCCUGAAAAAAGUGAGGACGCUGACCCCUGCGCACGCCGGGCCCACCGUGGUCCACUGCAGCGCGGGCGUGGGCCGGACCGGCACCUUCAUCGUCAUCGACGCCAUGAUGGACAUGAUGCACGCGGAGCAGAAGGUGGACGUCUUCGAGUUCGUGUCCAGGAUCCGCAAUCAGCGCCCUCAGAUGGUUCAGACGGACAUGCAGUACACGUUCAUCUACCAGGCCUUACUGGAGUACUACCUCUACGGGGACACCGAGCUGGACGUGUCCUCCCUGGAGAAGCACCUGCAGACGCUGCACGGCGCCGCCACCCACUUCGACAAGGUCGGGCUGGAGGAGGAGUUCCGGAAACUGACAAACGUCCGGAUCAUGAAAGAGAACAUGAGGACAGGCAACCUGCCGGCCAACAUGAAGAAGGCCAGGGUCAUCCAGAUCAUCCCGUAUGAUUUCAACCGCGUGAUCCUUUCCAUGAAAAGGGGCCAGGAGUACACGGAUUACAUCAAUGCCUCCUUUAUAGACGGCUACCGGCAGAAGGACUACUUCAUCGCCACCCAGGGGCCGCUGGCGCACACGGUGGAGGACUUCUGGAGGAUGAUCUGGGAGUGGAAGUGCCACGCCAUCGUCAUGCUGACCGAGGUCCAGGAGAGAGAGCAGGAUAAAUGCUACCAGUAUUGGCCGACAGAGGGCGCGGUGACCCACGGGGACAUCACGAUAGAACUCAAGAGCGAUACCCUUUCUGAAGCCAUCAGUGUUCGAGACUUCCUGGUCACAUUCAAUCAGCCCCUGGCCCGCCAGGAGGAGCAGACGCGGCUGGUGCGACAGUUCCACUUCCACGGCUGGCCGGAGAUCGGGAUUCCCGCCGAGGGCAAAGGCAUGAUCGACCUCAUUGCGGCCGUGCAGAAGCAGCAGCAGCAGACAGGCAACCACCCCAUCACCGUGCACUGCAGUGCCGGAGCCGGGCGAACCGGGACUUUCAUAGCGCUCAGCAACAUUCUGGAACGGGUCAAAGCUGAGGGCCUUUUAGAUGUAUUCCAAGCUGUGAAGAGUUUACGACUUCAAAGGCCACACAUGGUGCAAACCCUGGAACAGUAUGAAUUCUGCUACAAAGUGGUACAGGAUUUUAUUGAUAUAUUUUCUGAUUAUGCUAAUUUCAAAUGAAAAGUCCUGCCUUAAAAUAUUUUUUAAUUUAAUGGUCAGUAUAUUUUGUAAAAAUCAUGUUAAUUUAUUUCAUAGUUGACAUUAAUAUCCUUCUUAAUUUCUUUGUAUAUAUUUUGUUAUACCUUAAAGGCCACCUGCUAUAAAGUUAUUCAAUCUUGAAGACCCCUUUUGAAGACUGGAAUAAUGUAUUAAGGUCAAAUAAUCCCCCAUAAAUAUAUAUAUUAGUGCUAAUCUCAUUAAGCAUUUUAAUUUUUCAUUAGAUUCCUAUCAUUUCAUUUCACACAUUCAGCACCUCUGAAGUGUUAAAAAUCUUAAUAUGCCAAGUGUGCUUAUUUAUGCAAGAUACUAACCACAACUUCAUUAGAAAACAGUCAGAAACUCAGAAAUCGGUGGGAAAUUCACUUUCCUGACACUGAUUUUACAGCCCUGAGCAGCAGCAGUUUUUCUAAGGCAAACUGGGAAGACGCGGUGUAAAAAGGGAAUUUUGUAGUCUUGGUCUCAACUCGCAUUUAUCUUCACAUUUUAAAGAUCAAAGAAGACUUACAGCCUGAGUCCAGGUCUUACACACCCUGGCGUAGUCAGUGGCUCUAUUCAUGCUUAAAAAGGCAUUUAUUCAAGGCUGCGUCCUGCCCUCUGGGCUAGACAAGAAGAGCUGCAAAGGCCCGUGGUUCGGUUCACCCGUGGCCUUGGGUCCCGCCACAGCAGCUCUCAGAGCUUCACUCCCACGGCCCGGCUUGCUGCCCAUCUGUCGGGGUGUUUGGCUCAGAUGACACUCUGAGAGUCCCCUCUCGGUCCCCUCCCCUUCCGCCCCAGCUGCCGUGCUGGUCAUGAGCUCUGCCUCGAGACACAGCCGAAAAAACCACUUCCCACUCUGCAAGGUCACAGAGAGCCCAGGCUCUGGCGUGCAGGGCGCAGGGCGCUCCCGCCUGGUAGAAACUGUCAAAGCCACCACAAGCCAUUCUGCUUGAAACUUUCGGAGAAGCAUUUUGGUCUUUAAAAAGCUCUUGUAAAAGUUGAGACUGUUUGUAAGAAAAGAAAUCUUAAAAUCUAGAUUUAUACAGUUUUUUUUAAGCCCCCUUCCUCAAUAUUUAAUAAAAGAAAAAGUAAGAGAACUCCUUAACCUAAAGGCUAACUUAUUUUUGAAUGGUUACUACUGAGACCUCUGACACUGGAUAAUAAGGGUCCCACUGCCAGACAGGAUGGGCCUAUGGGGCAAAAAAAGGUGGGGGGAUGUAGAAAGGUUUAAUUUAAUGACAGUCACCCAUCUAUGGCCAUUUGGUGCCUGGGAGAUGAGCACAAUAUUAAAAAGGACAUCUGGUCUACCUUUCUGAACGCAUUUAACAUGUGCAUUUUGGGGGUACUCUUUCUGCUUUUUAAAAGAGAUGUGAAUUUAAAGGCCUUACCUGGUGUUUCCACUGGUAACCGAUUGCUCCUUCUUCCCAUUGGCCCAUUUAUCCUGUGUCCAUCUCUUGUCCACACACGUGUGACCCUGGAUGGGUUAUGUCCUAAUAACAACAGCCCGCAGGUAAUCAAGCUUCUGCAGCUCCCCUGAGCCCCGUCCAAGGGCCGGAGGAGGCAGCCAGCUGAACAAACAAAAGCACAACUCAGUGAGGGCUGUGGGCCACCAGCAGCUCAGGCCUGGCUACACACACAGCUGAAGGGGCCCCUCUCCCUUUGGGGACAAUGAGUACGCAUUUGGGGGUCCAAGAGGAAAACGAGGGAGCUUUGUAAGCUGUGCCAGGCGGUCCCCCUUGUUUUCAUUGUUAAAAUCCCAAGCUCACAGCCCUUCUUUGACUCAAGGGGAAACGAGAAGACUCAGCCCUGAAGCCUGGAAACAGCCUUGGAUGGUGGUGAAGGUGACGGAGGGUUGAUAGAGUCACGGGGCCUGGAUUUGCAUCCACACAUGGGGUUUCAGUCAGAAUCCCCCAGGCCCUUUCAUGGUCGAACUGGGGUCUCUUGUCUUGGGAUGAACGUCGACCUGCCCAAGGGAAGCCCUCGGCAAAGAGUCACCUCUGCGUGUUGUUCUGCCCCUGGGCCACGAUCCCACCCCCGCCCCUCUCCCCGAGUCUGCUGCAGAUCUGCCCUGUGGCUCUGAAAACGAGCAGAAGCCACUCUCCCUGUCCCUUGGAGGCAGGACCCCCACCUGCUGUUGGGGCAGCACCUGCCGCCACAGGGCGCCCAGGAAGCACAGCCUCCCGGCCUCUGCUGCGGGCUCCCCACCCACCCCCGCGCCCAGUUCAGACGGCCUCGGGGGGGCAGCCCGGGAAUCCCGUUUGUCUUGCCUGGAAAGUCGACUCUUCUUCCCCUUCAGUCAAAGAAAGCGCUUUAUACAUAAGGCAGGGGUGCCGGCAGCGUCCUCUUGGCUCUGACGUCUGUCUCUGUUGCCUGCGGCUGCGGUCAAAGGCCAAACAGCGAUUGGAAGACAAGCGUUCUGAUCACCUUGCUUUCUCGGUCACUGUGUGACCCACUUAAGUCUUUCUCUCCAUGUGCUCCGUGAAUGAAGACUGCAAACCAGUGUUUUAAAAGGUAUUUUUAUGUGUUUUUAAAAACUUUUUAAAACGAGCCUGACACCUCUGUUUCAGCAUCUGGAGACAUGCCCAUGUUAUUAAUUUUUUAAGAUACUGAUACUUCUGUUGUGUUUCACUAAGUUGUGUUUAAUCGAUGUGCAAUCUUUAUAAUAUAUGUAUGUACUCCAGUUUCAGCUAUCAUUUUUUUUCUUUUAUUCCGUUUGUCAUUUGAUCUUGCUCUGAUGAUAACACCAGUGAAUGUUGCUGAAUUCUUUGUAUAUGCAAAUCGCAAGAUCCGAGACAUUCUGAUGCAAAGGUAAAUCUUUACUUUGACUUCC